AAAAUUAAUUUUUGUUUUGAUUUUUGAAUUAAAUGGAGAUGAAGAAUAAUUUUUAAAUGUUGAUCUAUUUGCUCACGAUCAUUUCAUAUUUGACGAUCUUUUGAAAAAACACAAAAUUGAAAAACAAAAAAUGGUUCCGCGCGAAUCCAACAAACAUUUUUCACUAAAAACUCUACUCUCCAACGCUCUGCCUAUUUUAUGUAAGAAUGCGUUAAAAUUGCCAGACGUAGAUUUCUGCAUUGAGGCAUUAGUGGGGGUCACGGUCGGGGACGGGAAGGAUGACGUCAUACUGGUUAGCAUCAAGGAGUUAAUUUCCUCUAAUGGGUCGAAUGUUUCCUAUGCCUGGAAUAUCAAAGAGAAAGAUCCUAAAAAUGUCCCCAACACUCAAUGUCCACCACAAACAAACGUUUCCACAUCCAUGAAUGUUUGUGAUCUGACCAAUGACGACGAUGACGAAGAAGAUGAAAAUGAUGAUGCAAAUAAUGAUUACAGCCAAAGUAACAACAACAAUAAUAAUAAUAACAAUAACAACAAUAAUAAUGAUAAUAAUAAUGAACUUGCAAUAAUCAAACAAGAGAUUUUAUUUAAUAACAACAACAACAACAAUAGCACGGGUAGUAACGUAGAUAGCAGCAACAGCAACAACAAUUACAGCAAUGAAAACAACAACAACGAAUGUUACCAAAGACAACAAAACAACAGCCGGUGUAAUUAUACAAGAAGUUCGCAUAAUACAAGAAACAGCAACAACAAUCAUUUCAACAAAUACAACAACAACAACAGUUAUAACACUUCUAACUAUUCGCACAACAACUACAAUGAAGACAUCAACAGUAAUGUUGCUGACGUUAAUAGCAACAACUACAACAACAGCAACAAUGCUAACAGCAAUUACAUCAAAAAUGAAAUUCUAGACGAUGAUGAAUAUGAUGAUCAGAGCAACAACAACAGCACGAGACAACAACUGCAACCGUAUAACAAUUUCAAUAAUCGUCGAAGCUUCAACACCAAUUUUAGGCUACCAAGAGUUCGAGGGGGUUCAAUUAGGCGAUUCAGCAAUAGAGGGAGAGUUAGGAGGUGUGUGGCGACUAAUAAUAUGAGUCUGGCUGCUUAUCAACAGCAGCUGAAGAGUCAUGUAAUUGAUAACCGUCAGAAGCAUCAACAGCAACAGCUACUACAACAGCAACAACAUCAACAACUUCCUCCGCAAGACAGCAGUUCAUACAACGAAAUUCUCAACGAGAUGUGUCAACAGGUAGUCGACCAGUCGAUGUCUGCCGAGAUGCAGUACGUCUGCCACAUCUGCCAGGCCCGUCGCUGCAGCAAGUCGAGCCUGCGCAACCACAUCAGGGGGACGCACCUGGCCAUGGACAAGUAUGACUGCAAAAUUUGCGGCGAGAAGUUUCGCUGGUUCAUGCAGCUCCACCGACAUCGAAAAAAGUUUCACCCCUACCAGGAAAAUGACCUGGAAGGGGGGGGACACGAUGCCGGUAGUGGCGGUGGUGGUGGCAGCUCUGGUGGAUAUCUCGAUGCAGAUGAUGGAGAGAAUAAUGAUGGAGAGAUCGGCGGGGGAGGUGGUGGGGAUUAUGAGGAUGACGGGGUGGGGUAUUUAGACCCUUCGGUUGUCGGGGGGCUGUUGGAUAGUUUUGCCAGUGGGGCUGAUUUCGAUGCUGAUGUUGGUGUUUAA